AUACCGUCUAACAAUAGUAAUCAGUGAUCAGCUGGCUACCCUUGUGUGUCAUCGGUGAAAUUGUUCAAGAGGCGUUUUUUUUUUCUUUUCUAGCAACAGACGAGUCGCAAAUAUUUCUCAAGGAUGUUCCGAUCGACUUCAGAGUUUGACAAGCAGCUAGAGAAGGCUACUAGUCAUUUGCUGCUCGAACCAGAUUGGCAGUCAAUCAUACAAAUAUGUGACAUCAUUUGCCAAGGAGAUUGCCAGCCAAAAUAUGCCAUCACUGCCAUUAAAAAGCGUUUCUACAAUCAAAAUCCAUAUGUGGCACUAUAUGCACUUCAAGUGCUGGAGUCUGUGGUAAAGAACUGUGGUUCUCCUAUCCACGAAGAAGUGGCCUCCAAAGCUUUCAUGGAUGAGCUUAGGGAAAUGGUACACAAGACUACCAAUGAUAAAGUGAGAGCAAAAAUCUUGGAGCUCACCCAAACUUGGGCUUUUGCUUUUCGAAAUGCUCCAAAAUACAGCAUAAUACCGGAUACACUUAACAUUCUGAAAGCAGAAGGAUAUACUUUCCCUACGCUGCGAGAAAGUGACGCUAUGUUUGCUGCAGAUCGUGCACCAAACUGGAGUGACGGAGACAAUUGUCAUCGUUGCAGAGUCCAGUUUUCUGUAAUUGUUCGUAAGCACCAUUGCCGGGCAUGUGGACAAGUCUUCUGUGGUAAAUGCACGCCCCGUAGCUGCACACUGCCAAAAUUCGGCAUUGAAAAGGAAGUGCGCGUUUGCGAGGAUUGUUUCGACAAACAUAAUUCUGAUGGCAGACCGGGAAGAGAUGAGUCGGAUUCAUCAAGCAAGCCAACGGAGCUGAAAGCUGAGAAGAGUCGCAAAGAAGAGGAGCUAAAAUUACAGGAAGAAGAGGAGCUACAACUCGCUCUAGCUUUGUCUCAAUCAGAAAUUGAGCAUAAAAAGCAAACUGGAAAGACGCAUACACAGCGUACUUAUUCAUCUCCAGUGAAAGAAAGCCAGCCGUCUAAAGUGACAGCUUCAGAGAUUGAAGAUCCAGAGCUGGCCCGCUAUUUGAACCGCUCCUACUGGGAACAAAAGCAACAAGAAAAGGAUAGUCGAGAGAAAGACGUAGAAGUUCCAAUUUACCCUAGCGCUCCGGUUACCGCUGUAGGGCCAUUGUCACCGACCAACAACGGCAUGAAAACCGUAGAAAGAUACCAAAAUGGGGAAACGGAUGAAGUUGAUGAAUUCUGUUCAACCUUGAGCAGUCAAUUGGAUAUCUUUGUUAACAGAAUGAAAUCGAAUUCUAGCCGUGGAAGAAGUAUUGCCAACGAUUCUUCCGUUCAAACACUUUUUCUCAACAUUACAACAAUGCAUACUCGGCUCAUGCAAUAUAUUCAGCAGCAAGAAAGCGCCCGGGUCUAUUACGAAGGAUUACAGGAUAAGUUAACGCAAGCGAGAGAUGCUCGUGCAGCUCUUGAUGCGUUGCGUGAGGAACACAGUGAAAGAAUUCGUCGUGAGGCUGAGGAAGCUGAACGCCAACGUCAGAUCCAAAUGGCUCAGAAGCUCGAAAUUAUGCGUAAAAAGAAACAAGAAUACUUGCAGUACCAACGCCAACUGGCCAUGCAGAGGAUGCAAGACGAGGAGAGAGAAAUGCAAAUGCGUAUGGAGCAACAAAAACAAAUGUAUCAAUUACGGGGCCAGAUGCCGAUGCCCGGAAUGGCAGCAAUGCCACCUGGACAAAUGCCGCCCGGUAUGCCUGGCUAUCCACCUCAGCAAGCACAUCAGCAUGGUCCAUACAUGGGCCCACCCCAACACUCCGGCUAUCCAGCUGAAAUGUAUCAUCCAAUGCCAGGACAGUAUCCUGUUCCUGGGAUUCAUCCUGCUGGACCAGCGCCUGGUGUCCAUCCGGCAGCUCCAAUGCCUGGCGGCCUUCCUCUUAUGGCUGGACCCAAUUAUGGUCCUCAUCCAGGUUACCAACCGUAUCCACAACAACAACAGAUGCAACAACCACAUCCCGGUAUGCAUCAGUAUGCACCUCAUCACCAGCAGCAGCAGCAACCGGCCUCUGCACCGGCAGCUGGUCCUGGUCAAUAUGCCCCUCCCCCUCAAGCGAUGAUGAUGGGUCAAUCGCAACAGCAGAUGCAACAACACCAUCACCAACAGCAACAGCCCCAGUUACAACAGCAGCAAUCUAAUGUUCCACAGCCUGCUGUCGCCGAACUGAUUUCGUUCGAUUAGGGUUUACGUAAUAUCGAACAUUCCGAUUUCCGCAGCAUUAUCGUUAACUCACUGUGGUCUUCAUGCCAGGAUGAUUUCCUUUGCUUUACAGAAGAUUAAGUUAGUGCCCCAUUGUCGCUGGUUGAUAUUUAGCUCUUGUUGUUUAAACAUCUAUAAUUAGGUUAACAAUACAUCUAAUAAUCGGC